AUGCCAAAUCUUCCAGUUUGUGCCCAGUUUAUGCCAUCUGCAAACCUUUCUAGUGCUUAUCAGCCAGUUAAUACACCUGGAUCAUUUAUAUUUUUUCUAAGCGAUUCAUUCGACACAAAUAGCGGGACAGGAAUCAAAAACCAGUCAUUUGAUAACAGGCGUCCUAUAAAUUCAACCCUUGAUUCUCCAAGCUAUCCUCCUAUAAAUAAUAUACCUAACAUAAUAUAUGAACCUCUCUUAACUAAUCAGAGACAGCAACAAUUAUCACCACAUAUAAUACCCCAGGGACAGGUCAGAGAUGAAAAUAGGGAAGGGCCUGAAGCACCUGCCAGCUUUAUAGAGUUUUUCGCUGAGAAGCCAAAACUACUAAGUCAAUCGACAUUUGUUCCUUCAACAAUUCAAGUAAAUAGUUCUGACAAAAUAAGUAUUACAUCACCUCAUAGCUACCUAUAUAGAAACAGGACCAUCAUCUCCUUCCAAUCCUUUAAAACCAAGGAGAAGAUUAUCACUUGUACUAAUGGUCAGAUUACGCAUUUAACUGAAGAUAUAAAUACUGUAAAUGAUGUAUAUGAUAGUCAGCCACCUCCAUUUCCAGGUAAAGCUAAAGGGAAGAAAGGCUAUAACAUCCAUGUUAUGACAAUGAAUAACAACAAUAUGGAACACAUGCAGACACCAAAAGAAGCCGAAAGAGAAAGAUUACUUGAACGAAAUAGAUUAGCUGCCUCUAAGUGUAGAAAAAGGAAGAGGUUACAAGAAGAAAAAUUUCAAGAAGAUUAUAGAAAGGCACUUCAAGAAAAUAGUUUCUUAAAGAAAAAAAUAGAACUCUAUGAGAAGUGGAUUAAGAACUUGAAAACCGGUGAUCAGAAUGGUAAAGGUAUUUGUAGCUCAUUAAACGAAACCAAAACUAAAAUGGAGGUAGGUAAAAUUGAAGUCGACGGAAACAAAAAACGUAGGAGAGUACCUACAACCGUUGAAGAACUGUCAAUGAUAGUUGAUAUCGAAGAUCUUGAUACAUUAGGUGCUAUCUUGAGUCUAGAGUCCAAUUGA